AUGCCUACACCACUUCCAUCGAGUUUUGCCUCCGCCGCUGCCGGUAACACGCAGGACCCCAGUCGGAGAGGGGAUGGAGGAGCUGGUGGUGAAUGGUCUCGAUCUCGUAUGAACGGAGCCACUCAAACUUUCCGCCGCCCUUCUGUCGCUACUAACCCUUCUCACAUCCGAGAGAGUGGUCAACCUGCUUCCGCUUCGACACCGACGGCCCCCGGGGCAUACAUCCCACCCCACAUGAGCUCAAAUACCAUCCCCAGCACCCUACGCAACGGAGAUGCCCGAUACUCCAAGGAGCAGCUCCUAGAGAUGUAUAAGGCGCAGCGGGAGAACGGAGCUUUGGGUAAAAACGUGGAGGAAUACUUUGUGGCCGACUGGGAUCCUCAUAUGGUGUCAGCCCCCGCGAAUGGUGCGUGGGGGAAGCGGGACGACCACAAAUCCUCCGCGGGACCUGAAGUGUGUUGGGACCAUGGAGGUCAGGCUGAGCCGCUGGGCUUGUCUGAUAUGUCGGAUGGAGAGAAAGAAAUAUUCACUGCUUCGGUCAAUUCUCCCCUCAAGCCACCCCCCACGAACGCGCAGAAAGAAAAUACUGCACCAGGUACUGGGGGUCGCAAACAGUCCAUCUCUUACACCCAAGGUCAUACCAAUAACUACAAUACCUCCUCCCCGACGGGCAGCCGCCCGGGCGCGAGACGUCGUGAGACUGGUGACUCGAUCGGCAACCCCAUGUCCCCUACCGGCUCCAACUCGCGCUUUUUCCGCGAUGAGGCGACUACUUCCACCCCUCCUCCCGCCCUUUUGCGUCGGAAGACCGAUUUUCGAGAUCAAAAGCCUGACGACAAGCCUAAAGAAGGACAAGAAACUGCUUCUCCUUUCGGCUCGCCCUGGGGCUCGGCUUCGCACAAUGCCAACUUCUCUCCCAUGGGCGCUUUUGGAGCUUUCUCCCUGGGUUCCAGCACGGCCCAAACGCCAACGGAGAAGAAACCUGGAUAUGGAAGCCUUCGUGGAGAAAGCCGGUUCAAGGAUCUUCUUUCUAAGGAUAGCUCUGAGGAUAUUGCUGGGUCUGCUAAGGACAAGAACCUAGCCGGCCUCGAGCGCCUGACCGAAGAUGAUGGUGACCAACGUUCUCAGUCUCCUUGGGGAGAGGGGCUCAAGACGCGUGCAAACCGCAGUGAAACAAAUCCAUUUGAUGAACCUCGCAGUGGAAGCGCCGCGCUCGGUGGAUCUCAAGAUCUCGAAGCUCCGUCACAGGCUGACCUCGGGUUUGGCGCGUUCGGAAUGACUUCAAGCAUCCCAGGCUUCCGCGAAUUAAUGCAAAGCCAAGAGAAUUCCCGCAAUCCUACCCCGAGCUUGCUCCAGGGCCAUGAACCAACUAGCCCCACGAACACCAACCCCUAUCAAAGCCCUCAAAAUGAUCGGACUGCUGCCGACCCAGAGGAUAUGGAUACGGAUGGAUCGGACAUUCAGCAUUCUCAACACCCCGGUCUCAGUGGCUUGCGGGAUCCUUCAAACCCUUUUGGAUCGAUGAGACGGGUUGGCUCUGGCAUGGAUUUGCCUACUGUCGAUCGCAGCCAAAACUCCAGCGCCAACGCUAACCGUAACUUCUCGGGCCUUGGUGGCCUAGGUGGUCUCUCCUCUCUCGGCGGGGGUGCCGCUUGGCCGUCUGGAGGUGCCAUCGGCACUCCAACCCGCGAACGCUCUGCUUUCGCUAGCGGUUUCGGCGAUCCCAUCUUCGGUUCCAUGGGCGAUCUCCAAUCUCCAAGCCUGUCUACACUUGGAGGUGGAGGUCUCUUUAGCCCUCAUGCUGGUAUUUCCGGAACUGCUAGCAUAGGCCGAUCGAGCAAACUCGGUGCCCUUUUCUCAUCCGUGCAGGACGAACAAGGUCGCUCAGACUCGGUCGGCCUGGAAGAAGGGCUCCGACAAGUGGAUCUCCAGCAGACGGAGAAGCCCGGCCAGGCAAGUAAACCUGGGUCAAACCCGUCUCAAACACCUGUUUCGGCUGUUGGUUCUCUUCCGCCCGGAAUCGGUCACGACGGAGCUGGAGCAAUUCAGACUCCCGGGGGUACCGUGCCUUCUGCCCAGCAACGUUGCAUGGUGAUGCCUGAUCGCAUGCGCUGGAUCUAUCGCGACCCACAGGGCAAUGUCCAGGGGCCAUGGACCGGACUUGAGAUGCAUGACUGGUUCAAGGCUGGCUUUUUCAGCCCCGACCUGCAAAUAAAGAAGCUCGAAGAUAUUGAAUUUGAGCCAUUGGCUCAGCUGGUCCGACGUAUUGGCAACUCACGCGAGCCCUUCCUUGUUCCCCAAAUCGGCAUCCCCCAUGGUCCCGAACCCACUGGUGCUCAAUGGACUGGCCCUCCUGGGCAAACCACUACUACUGCUCAGCCUCCAUUCCCUGGAAGUUUCCCGAGUUUCGGCACUACCUUGACCGCGGAGCAACAGAACGCACUCGAGCGACGCAAACAGGAGGAGCAGUAUCUGAUGGCCCGUCAAAAAGAACAUCUCGCCCAGCAGCAAGCGAUUAUGAAGCAGAUUGGCCCUUCUACUAUGCAGCCCCAGCUGCAGCACCAAACUAGCGCCCACAGUCUUCAGAGCCAGCCCAGCUUCGGUAGCAUUGCUUCGCCGUCUGGUUACCAGCCAUCUCCAAUCCAGGCACCUGGCCAUGGCCAGCAGCAGCAAUCGCAAGGUGGGGUUGCCGGUUUCUUCGAUUCUGCAGCACCUACCCGACAGGGAGGUCUCCCGAAUGUCGGACCUGGAAUGCUAGGAACUGAGCUCGGUAGCCAAGACCAACUUCCGGCUCUACUGGAUCGCCUGAACGUCGGCCGCCAGGAUCCUUUUGCUUUUGGUGCAUCCAAUUCAUUCGCUGCUCGCCAGCCCGACAGCUUCCUGCACUCCCAGCAGGUUUCUUCAAUGCUUCAAGAUCGCGAGGCGCUUCAGCAAGAACAAGAGCAGUUUGACCAGCUCAACUCCAAUGAUCCCUUCGACCAGCAGGCCCGCGAAGAGCGACUGCGUCAGUUCCAUGCUCUGAGAGCCCAAGAAGGCGACUUUGGGAUGCGGACCGUUGACGGCUUGCCAACUCACCCAGCCGCUUCCGUCCAGGAUGCCGAAGCUGCUGCUACCAGUGAAGAGCUAGCUAUGGAAGCCCUCUCAGCUGAUGAGCCUAUUGAUGAGCCUACUCUCACUCUGUCUCAACAGGUCCACAAGGCUGCUUCUGCCCAGCGUCAACAGCAGGAGCAAGACCAGCAUGCUCAGGCUGUCCCUGAAAAUGUCUGGGGAGUUAAGACCGAUAGCGCUAUGCCUCACCCCUUCCCCCCGCCUCCCUCUGCGUCGCCUUUGCCCGCUCCCGCUGCUCAGCGCAACCGCCAGAACAUGGCUGAAUCUCUGGUUGCCGACUCUCAGUCUCGGACCCAAACCCCAAUUGAUGCGGCACCCACUUCUGUCGCCCCUUGGGCAAAGGAUAACGUUGAAGUGCCGAAGGGUCCCUCUCUGAAGGAGAUCCAAGAGGCUGAAGCUCGCACUGCUGCCCAGCGCGAGGAACACGCCGCCGCCGCUCGUCGUGCUCAGUUCCUUGCCGAGCAAGAGCGUCUCAGCCAUGCCCAGGCUCAGGUUGUCCCUGGUCUUCCCUCUUCCGCAAACUGGGCCAGCUCUGGAUCACCGGCUACUCCUACUGCCGCCAGCCCAGCCUGGAACACUAAGAGCCAGCCCGCACCUAUCACCAGCACCGCAAAGAAGACUCUGGCUCAGAUUCAGAAGGAAGAGGAGGCCCGCAAGCAGCGCCAAGCUGCUAUCAACGCCGCUGCCGCUGCUCAACGCUAUGCCGAGCUUGCCAGCAAGGCCCCUGCUGCUACUACUGCCGCCGCCGCCAGUGCUGCCCCUGUUGCUUCUGGUGCUUGGACAACUGUCGGGGCUAGUGGCAAGGCUAAGACUCCUCUUGCCGCCCCCCUUGGACCUCGUUCGACCAGCGGUACCAUUCCUGUUGCACCUGCUUCUGUGUCCAAGCCCCGCCCUACCAUCGCCACUCGUACUGUGACCGGUGGCAGCGUGUCUCAGGGCAGCUCUAACCGCGCCAUGGAGGAGUUUACUAAGUGGGCUAAGCUGUCUUUGGGCAGGGGCCUGAACAGUAACAUCAAUGUGGAUGACUUUGUUCAGCAACUUCUUUUCCUGCCUGCCGAGGCCGAGAUCAUCUCUGACUCUGUCUACGCAAACUCCCAGACCUUGGAUGGUCGCCGCUUUGCCGACGAGUUCAUCCGCCGCCGCAAGCUUGCUGACAAGGGUGUCGUUGACCCCGUCUCGCCCAGUGCCUUCGCCGAGCAGAAGAACGGCGGUGGCUGGAACGAGGUUGCUAAGAAGGGAUCUGCCUCGAGUGCUACUCCCUCUGCCCGUGAGGAGGAGAGCAAUGCUGCAUUCAAGGUCGUCGCCCCCGCAAGAAGGGCAAGCGCUAGUGGCGUGCAUAGUUAG